AUGUUAUCUAGACGAGAUAAGCUACUGAUCCAGCCAUGGGAAGACAGACGAUUCAGGGACCAUAGAUCUAAAGUGAGGUCAGCGUUGCCCGCUAUCGACGACAGGCCGCCGCCGGCGCGGCCGCACGUAGCGGUGAAGCUCAAGAAGUGUCAACGAGAACUCGAUCGCAAGACCAAGAUCCAGCAGGAUAACUUCAGUUUGCUGCAGCGGCUGAAUGCAAUUAUGAAGGUGAACCGCCUUGACAACUACUGGCCGCGACCGCUGCCGAACUUCCAGCAGAAGGUGGGUGUGUUCUACGACGCGGAGUCGCUGCAGUCGCGGCUGACGGCGCGCUCGCUGGCGGACGACACCACCGACUACUCCUAUGCCAACGCCAAGUGCUACGCUUGUGAAAUACGCAAGAAAUCAGGAGAAAUACGUCACAUAUACAAGACGGGAGCAUUUCAGGACUCACUGCCCUCGAUAUAUUCAAACUGAACUGAAAAGUUUUAUCGUGUGUGUGUGUGUGUUCUUAUUGUGUGAACUGAUUUUUAUGAA